UGUGCGUGCAUCCCUUGUAAUGACCUCGGCUUCGCUCUCCGCCAUUCUCACUCCGUUCCUCCUCUCUGUCUCUGUUGAAAAGGCAAAGGAGGGCAGUAGUAGACUAGCAGUCGCAGCAGCAGCAUUAGGAUAGAGUGUAUUUUUCUUCCGGUAGCCCGUCAUAUUGAGACUUUGGCGGGCUGCCCAGCCGAGAGAUGCCCCAUCCUCCUCCCCCUCCUCACCAGUAAUCCGGGUACCCGCCGACUAUAGUACAUACUAAUAAUCACAAUAACAAAAAGCCCCCCUAUUUUUUGCACCCUCCUCAAAAACUUAGAUGGCCGAUCACGACCAGGAUUGGGAAAUUCGGAUUUCCACCUCCCCCUCUUCUUCAAAAAAGGGCACUGCUGCUUGUCUGCCUCCUCCUGAGGUCAUUAAUGUUGGAGCAGACAGUUAUAUUGAUGUUGAAGAGGAGGAGGAUGCUGAAGAGUACGAUGACGACGUCGAUGAUGACGACACCGGCUCUGAUGAAAAGUUGGGAUUGGCAUGCCCCUUUUGUUCCGAGGAUUUUGACGUCCUAGAAUUAUACUGUCAUGUUGAUGUCGUCCAUCACAAGGAGGCCAGAGCUCAAAUUUGUCCAGUUUGUGUUUCAAAGGUGGACGCGAACAUGGCUGUACAUCUAAUUACUCAGCACGAGACUAUCUUGAAGAUUCUUUGCAAAAAGAAAUUCUGCAAUGGUGGAUCUCAUCCAGCCCUUUCUUCCUUGAAAAAGGAGUUAUGGGAUGAACAUUUGCACUCACCUCCUAAGGGUUCUCGCGUCAGUUCUUCUUCUGCUGUAGAAUCUGAUUCUCUCCUUUUACCGUUUCUCUACAAUCCUCAACCUGAAAUAGUUAGACCUCUGAUUGAAGGAAGCUCAUUAGGGAGCGAUUCACCUGAUAGUAACUUAGAAAGUCAUAUCCAGCAAGCUGAAAAAUGAAAGCAAUAAGGAUGAAUCUGCUUAUAGAAACGGGUGUUGCCCGUGUGUCUGUACUUUUAGCUUCUUGUGAACUAAAUGGGCAAUGAUGGAGCGGAAACAAAUUUGCAGGAUCCUGAUACAAAGUGCUGAAAAUAUCAUGAGAAAUUUUUUAUGGAUAGAAUAACUUGUAUAAAGGGUAUUCAGAUACUAUAUGGCUGGUACAUAUUGGGGGUAAGAUGGUGUAGACUUGAAACUUUUCAGGGUAUAGUGUUUGGAGAGUAAAUUAUUUGAGAUAAAUUUGUGAAAAAUACUGUAGCACCUAUUUGAUGUGAUGUAUGUGAGAUAAAAAGGUGAUUGAAAAAUGUGUUGAUGAUACAAGCACGUCAGUGUGCAAGUGGAAAUAAUAUGUAAUCCAAACACACUUGUACUGUGCAAUGUCAUCUCUUUCAUUCGGACGAUAGGGGUUCACUGCUUCAAUUUUUUUGAACAACUGAUUUUAUCUUUUGAUUUUGAAAAAGUUAAAUACAUUUUUUAUUUUCAAUUGCUUUUCAAAACCUGCUUUUAGGUUUUCUAGAUGCCAAAGAUCUGAUAAUCAUAAGCAGCAGAAAAGCUACUUCUGGGUUCUAAUUCUGCUUUCAAGAAUCAGAAGCAAUUCAGCACAAGGCCAGAAAAUUGUUAGGAUGUGAAUUCAAGCUGUUUCCUUCUUUCGUUCUUAUUUUUCUUUUACUUUUUGGUGAACACUAUGGAUGCAUAACUGUAGAGGGCUAGCUCACCAGAUGAUUGAUAAAAACAGCAUGCUUGAGAUAUAAGUAGUUUCAUGUAUGACUGCUUGUUAAUCUUCAGAAUAGCUAAGUUCCAGUUCUCUUCUGGUAAGUACUCGGUGUUUCUACAUAUCAUUGCUUAUUAAAACAGUUUUGAUGAUUGGCGUUGUUUUAUCAAAUUUGUGGCAGCGGAAAUGUCAACUUGUCUGCUCUUCCUGACAAGGAUGAAGAGAAGGCUCAGAGAUGUGAAUUUAUACGUGACUUAUUGGUUUCCACCAUUUUGGGCGACCAACUCUGAGCAGGAGAAUUGGAUGUCUGGUUGUCAUUUCUCGAGUGUUAACGUAGAAGCCUGUGACUGAAGCUGCAUCUUUUUGACGUCAUGAUGGAUAUAACAAAAAUAAUUAGGCUUGAAUUAGGAAGCUGCUGAUGCAUGUCAUAAGUCAAACACCAUCUGUUUGAGCUAUGGCUAGCUGGCCUUGCCUUUCUCUUCUUUAGAUAGCGCUGUUGUUGAGCAACAGUCAAGAGUCCUAGGUGCUGUUACACUUUAGUCGAGUUGUGAGCGGUCAUUUUGUAAUAUGAGCAGCUUGGAUGAUCAAAUUCUUUUAGUUCAAGGUGUCCCUAGUAGCACAUUGUUGUCCGUCCUUGUAGUUAGCUGAUACUUAUGAAUGUAAAUUCAUGUGUCUACAUGGAAUUCCCAGAAAGCAGGCUUAUGUCUUUACUGUCAGAUUCACUUAUCUAUAACACUAUAUUCUUCAGAUAAU